AUGGCCGGAUCGCAGUCAUCGCGAGUUGGGACGGUCCGUCGUGCCAAGGCUUGCAACACGUGCCGGCGAAAGAAAACAAAGUGCGACGGACAGAGACCGAUUUGCUCUUCAUGCCAUGCCUUCAAUUUCUCCUGUAUAUUUCAGGAUACCGUCAAAGAGCCAAAUCGGUCCAGCCGUGCUUAUGUUGCAGAUUUAGAGCGACGCGUCCAGAGUAUGGAGGAGCAGUUACAGCGUCAGAGUCCAUCAGGAGCUCGGCAUGACAGCCCGUUGAAUGCUGAUAGCCUAUCUACGUCCGAUCCAGACACCCUCAUCGCGAGAGACCUGUCUGAGAUCAAUCCGAUCCAAACAGGUACUUCGAAUUCCCGCCCGGGAUGUCCUGACAACACCGGCGAUGAAGAUCUUGGCAGUACGGACUACGAGAGUGGGAUUGAUCAAACAUCCUACGUUAUCAAUGGUCGAGAUGGUAGAAUGCGCUUUUUCGGCGCCUCUUCGGGGCUCUCAGUGGCUGCAGCCCACGGGGCGGGCCGUUUUGGGACCGACACGGAGAUACGCAAGCUGCGCUCUGCCGUUAGAAAAGGCCCAACACGAUGGCAAUUGACCAGUUGGUUUCCUCGAACUCUACAAGAUGACUUUGAAAGGCGUGUUUCUCAACCACUACCUAGCAAACCCGUCACCAUGAAGCUAGUGGAGGAAUACUUUGCGGAAUUCAAUCAGUUAAUUCCGUUGUUUAACAAACCGUCAUUCAUGAGACUACUAAAGAGACAAUUUUCCUGGAAUCCAGACGAAAGUCCUUCAUGGUGGGCUUCACUUAAUGUUGUUUUGGCAUUCGCUUACCGAGAAAGAGCCCAAGCUGCAGAUGAAAAUGGCGAGAAUUGGCAAUUGUCUCUGGCGUAUAUCAAAAACGCAAUGAAUGUUACGGUUGAAUUCUUCAUGCGUGCUGCAGACUUGCUUACUGUGCAGGCCAUGUUAGGGUUGGCAAUCUAUUUUCAAGGGACACCGAAUCCUCAAUCCUUGUUCAUGUUUGCCUCUGCCGCGAUACGCUUGGCCCAAUCAAUUGGAUUACAUCGCGGGUUUACCUUUGGAUUGACGACACCCGAAAUCGAGGAAAGGCGGCGGACCUUUUGGAUAGCCUUCAUUCUGGACGCAGACAUCUCCCUGCGUGUCGGUCGUCCGCCCGCCCAGGAUGAGCAUGAUUACGACACACCGCUGCCGCCCGAGAAUCCUUUUGACGGCAAGGGGGUUUCGAGAAUAGGAGACACACCAAUUAACUUCUUUCGCCUGUUAUCACAGCUUUCCUUAGUACAGCGACGGGUAUAUCAACACCUAUACGCCGCCACGGUUCAGCAACGGCCGAGAGCGAUCAUUGUCAAAGAGAUCAAGGCGUGCGAAGACGCUCUGCUGCAGUGGAAGAAAUCUUUCCCCGUCGCUUUUGACUCACACUCAGCUUGUUCCCAAACCCCGCUUGAUCGGCAUAUCUUACGCCUCAAAAUGGCCUUUCUCUGCUGCUAUGCUAAUAUUUAUCGAGUUUGUAUGCUUGCAGGACAGCCGUCUACGAACCGGGGUAUAAUACCACCGAUAGAAGUGGAGGCAGCAGAGACUGUCGUUGCAUCACUUGAUUCAGCACGCUCAGCAGUUGGGCUGAUCAAGCACGCCAGAUCCUUUGGGUCUUCAUAUCAAUGGAACGUUCUUUACUUUCCAGCUGCAGCUUCAGGAACGUUGGCGCUUGGAAUAUUCAUGAACCCAAGCCAUGAAAAGGCCGAACAUGAUUGUUCAUUGAUAUGCGACAUAGUAAAAUACCUUUCCGAGAUCUCUGCGCAAGAACCUGGGACAUAUGUUGAUCAUGUUCUCGGGGUAUGCUUUGAUUUUGAAACUGCUAGCAAAAGGGCACUGAAGCACGACCCAAACGGGCGCCAUAAGCGGGUAGAAAACGCAAACACAGGGAAUCCUUACAACGCCUCCGAACACUCCAAGUCCGGCAGUCUGGUUGCCGAAGGUGGCAUGAAUGUUGACCUAUCCACUGGCCCAGGAACCAACCAUGAGUGUCUAAACGACAGCACAGUCGACAUUCAGCCCUCGGAUACCGACAUCGCCCUUUUUGAUUUGGCAUCAGAUCCAAUGAUGAACUGGCAAUGGUCGAUUCCUCCGUUUUGGAACUGGCAAGACAUGAUGAGCGGUUCAUCACUAGCCCCCGGAACAGGCAACGAAAGCUCACCAGACUCUUACGACCCAUCAUUUGGUGCUUAG